AUGACAAGCUACUCUGGUACCGAUGGUCAUAACAAAUUUUAUUCGUAUGACGAAAACUUUAUGCCACACCAAAACUAUGGAGCAUUAUUAUUCAAUACUCUAGAGUUGGGUGUUGAAGUGUUAGUAAAAAGAGUAUCUAUGAACACAAUGAAACACCUUUCGGAGAAUGAGAUGUCAAAGAAGGAUGAACAAUUAGAGAAGUCCUUAGAACUUGCUUUCAUUGAUGCAAAUAUCAACAACAUACAACCACUAAUAUCAAAUCUACAAGCUCUAGUGAACAAUGAGAGUGGUGAGAAGAUAUUAGAACUUAAUUUGCCCUCCAUAACCUCAACAUUGAACACAACAAACGAUUCUAAUUUGAAAAGAAUAUGUCGUCAGGUAUUGGCGUUUUGUUAUUGUUCUCUUGGUAAAUCUGAGGAAUUAAUUGAUACGUGCAACAAGUUGCUUUUGGAAGAUUUUACCACUUCCAAUUUAAUAAUAACUAGCCUUUUAUUUUUUGAUCUUGGAAAUAAGAUUAAUUCAAUUCAAUUGCUCAAAGAUUCAUUCAUAAUCAUUUCGGACGUUAAUUUAAUAUUUCCAAGUGAAGCAGAAAGAUUGAUGGUGGCUAUUGGUGACCGAUUGUUAUUAAUGAUUACUUCUGAUUAUGAAGAUGAAUGUGAAGAAACUUUGUUUGCUCAAUAUGUAGCCAGAAGAUUGUCUACAUGUAAUACUGCAAGCCCUGUUGUUUAUGGUGAUGGAACUACUCAUGCAUUCUUUAAUAGAGCUCAUAGGCUUUCAAGUAUCAGUGAAACAAUGUUAUCAAAUUUCGAUCCUCUAGAACGUGAAGAACGUUAUGUUGUGCUUUGCAAUGCUAUUCACAAUUUUAACAGUGUUUUGCAAUUGGUUUUAAAAAAACAACAAAAAGUUGAGUUUCAAAUAAGCUAUCCUAUUACAACUACCAAAUCAGAUGUAUUUAGUAUUAAUGCAUACAACAAUACCUUAUCAAGCUUAUUUUUAGAAUACUUGCAUCCUGAUAUUCCAAUAGCAAAAGCAAUUAAGAAUUACCAUACUCAAUUUGCCUCAUUAUUGACAUUGGUGUUUGAAAAAAACGUUAAAAUAAUUCAAGCUGAAUUGGAGAAGGAAAAACAAAGUUUAGAUUUAAACAUCAACAACUCAAAAAGGCUUGAAAAAAUUGAACAAAUGUUAAAUCUUACCAAAUCACAGAAAGAAAAAGAAUAUCUUUGUUUGUUUAAGGAAAUAUGUAACAAACACAACUACCCUCAUAUUUCUGACGUUCAACGUUAUUCCAUGUUUCAUUUAAGCUUAGAUGGACCUUUUGUUCCAACAAUAGAAGAUCCUUAUGAACAGUACGAUCAAUCCGAUGAUGAAAUGGAAAAUCUAGAACAUGUUCAAUAA